UUGGAGAAGCAAUAAUGUCAUCCAUUCAUCAUCGCCCGAACCAGCCUUACCCAAGUGGCCAAGCUGAACAGAGAUUCACAAUUUGCCGCCGAAUCUCCAAAAUGCUCGGUGGUCCUCACGCUCUUCUCCUCCUUCUACUCGUCCAUCCGGCUGUUACAUUUGAUGUAUCGGCGGCGGAUGAGUUUUUCUGCUCCGUUCCCUCUCUCCAUUCCAAGCCAGACUCCAAACCAAACUACUCGAAAGUGACGAACCCAACUCUCUCCCCUUCCCACUUUCAAGAUCUUCCAGGAUUUACCCGCAGUGUCUAUAAAACUGACCAUGCCCUAAUCACUCCUGAAAGUCAAGUAUUUAGUCCUCUGCCAAACUGGCUGAAUUCACUGGGAGCUUAUUUGAUCAGCCCUGCAACUGGUUCUCACUUCACAAUGAACUUGGUGAAGAUGCAAGGUAGGGGAACCAUUGUUAGUUAGAAUAUAUAAUAUUGGGAGAUUUAUA